AUGUCGACUCGCUCAAGAUUUAACAAAGACGAAAAAAAAGUUGUGAAGUUCAUUGAUUCAACCGAGGAGAUAAUAAAGCAUCUAAAUAAAACUGAUUCCAAUAAAAGAUCAAGGCUCAAAUUAAGUGGGCAUCAGAUUGAUAUCCUGGAGUCCAACUUCAAGAUCGACAGCCAUCCGAACAGUACCACUAAGAGUCUACUGGCAAACACACUCAGUAUACCUUUUAAGAACAUACAAAUAUGGUUCCAGAAUAGGAGAGCCAAGGAAAAGAUAGCUAGGGAUAACUGCAAGAGGAGGAAUGGAAGUACAAGGAUUGAAGGCAAGGAACAUGAGCAUGGCAGAAUGAACUAUCAGGCGAUGUGUCCUUUUGACUUUCCUCCCCAAGAAAGAUACUUUCUUUGA